AUGUGAAAAGGAUAUUAAUUGCUGUGGAUUGUGGAAAGUAAUUCAUAGCUUUUUGGAAAACAAAUUUGUAUGUUUGAGGAAAACAGUCAUUUCUCUCUUUUUGGAUAUCUUGAGUACUUACUUGUAUAUAGUAAUUUGUUCGUUAGGUUGAGCUGAUGAGAAUGCAACUUAAAAGAGCAAAGGGGCGAGCAGAUACACAAGAUAUGGAGUUAGCAAUGGAUAUGAUGGUUGUGUUCUCAAAAAUGGAAGAUCGUAAUGCAGAUAGUGCAAUAUUAGAAAGACUGGCAAAAAAGUUGGAUUUGCAUACGAUUGCAGAUUUGACAGAGGAAACUACAGCUAUAAGGAAAUUGGUUAAGAGAGCUGGGCAGAAUGAAACCACACAGCAUGUUAUGGAUCUCCUGGGAAAAUUCAAGCAAGUGGCAGGGCUUGAUGAUGCAACUGCUCUUGAUUGUCCUAUGUCAUCAAAAAGUUUACAGAAGUGUCUAUCCAUGCUCAUCCCUCAUGAAUUUCUCUGCCCAAUUACACUAGAGAUCAUGACGGACCCUGUAAUUGUGGCAACUGGACAGACUUAUGAAAGGGAGAGCAUAGAGAAGUGGUUGAAUUCAAAACAUCGAACCUGCCCAAAGACUGGACAAAAAUUGGCUCACCUUUCACUAGCACCAAAUUUUGCUCUCCGGAACCUUAUUCUGCAAUGGUGUGAGAAGAACAAUUUCGAACUGCCUAAGAAGGACAACUACACCUCUUGUGAUAGUUCUUCUGCUGAACUCAUAGAGGAAAUCUCCUCAUUAAUCCAAAAUCUAUCUUCGAGUCAGCUGAAUGAUCGAAGAGAUUCCACCGUGAGGCUCAGGAUGCUCUCAAAAGAGAAUCCAGAAAACAGAAUUUUGAUUGCCAACAGUGGAGGAAUCCCUUUCUUAGUUCAGCAGCUGACCUAUCCUGAUUCCAAGAUUCAAGAACACACCGUGACUGCUCUCUUGAACUUGUCCAUUGAUGAGAUGAACAAAAGACUUAUAGCCCGGGAAGGAGCCAUUCCUGCCAUAAUUGAUAUCCUGCAAACCGGAACAGAUGAAGCCAGGGAGAAUUCUGCUGCAGCCCUAUUUAGCUUAUCUAUGCUGGAUGAGAACAAAGUUCUAGUGGGAACCUUGAAUGGAAUCCCUCCAUUAAUACAUCUUCUACAAAAUGGGACAACUAGAGGUAAAAAAGAUGCUGCCACUGCUCUCUUUAACUUGUGCUUAAAUAAGGCCAACAAGUCUAUGGCCAUUAAAGCUGGCAUCAUAUCACCAUUACUUCAUUUACUGGAAGAAAAUAGUUUGGGCAUGGUUGAUGAAGCACUCUCAAUUUUGUCACUUCUUGCAUCUCAUCCUGAGGGUCACAAUGAACUCGGGCGACUUCCUUUCAUCAAAACCCUAGUGGAAAUCAUAAGAAAUGGCACCCCAAAGAACAAAGAAUACGCCACAUCGGUUCUUCUUGAGUUGGGGCUGAAGAAUUCAUCCCUUAUAUUGGCUUCCCUUCAGUUUGGUGUGUAUGAACAUCUUACAGAUCUUGUGAGAUGUGGAACAACUAGAGCACAAAGAAAAGCUAGUUCUCUUUUGCAACAUAUGACUAAGUGUGAACAUAUUCCUUGAAUUCCCUAAAACAUAUGUUUUGUUCUGUCUGAGUAAUGUCUUCAAUGUAAUAACUCUGUUCCACAAUUGUGUUCUUUCAGAAACUAGCAUUUUCCAGUAAGCAAAGUUUAGCAUCUUCAUUUCUUUCCCUUGACACUCAAGUUUAGUAUCUCCAUUUCUUUCCUAUGACACUCUCUUUUUGUACAUAAGUAAUUUUAAUGAACAGAAACAGAUCAA